AUGGAGUUUAUUUUGUUAUUUACCUUCAUAGGGUUAUCUCAGUGUUAUGCAAAUAAUUUUUAUUUCGAGAAUCACAAAUAUUGUGAUGAUCUGUCGCCAUAUUAUGGAUAUAUUGACUUGGAUCAAAUUUCUGGUAUUUGGUAUGGUGUCGAAAAAAUACCACACGUGAAAGGUGAAUAUAGAGUCGAACACACAAAUGAAUGUUUCUAUAUUGACAUAAAGGAGUUAUAUAUUCAGCCCACGCCGCCCACGCCCUACCCGCCCUUGACGAACUCGCCCUACGUAAAUAAGGCUUAUGGACUCCCUGAACAAUACAGGAUCAGGCAUUUUGUACUUGAGUGGCAUGAAGGCCUAUGGCAAGAUGAUUAUCACAUCAAAGUCAACACUUCACACAAAGGAUUCUGGCCCACUGACGUGCCAAACGGAUCUGUGGAGAGCAUGUACAGAUUCUUCGGGGGAGUGAUACAAGUACUGAAGGUGUCGCACAAUCAUCUCGUCCUUAACUUUUGUAUGAGACUGCCUCACUCUCAAAUGUACAGUGUUGUUCUUGCCAGAAACGAAAACCAGUUAACGCCUGAAGAUCUCUCCAGUAUUCACAAUAUAUUUUCUAUGAAAAAUCUUUCUACCUCUUCAUUAAAACGUGUCUGUGAAAAUUCAGCUUCAAACCUGAAUUUCUCGUUUUAUUCUAUGAUUACAUGUAUUUUUAUAUUUUUUAGAUCGCAAUAA